GUAUGAGCACGGCUACCAAGAUGGCUCCUCCUCCGUCUGCGGCGGCGGCGGCGGCGCCACCCACGCUAGCGCCACUAACGCCAUCCACUCCAACCACGUCAGCAGGGCCGGGUGCGGUGGCUACACCGACAUCGCCAUCGACGGCAACGCCUUCUUCGCUCUCGCGCCUGACGCUGUCCGACAAGCUUCUGCUCGCGCAAGCUGUGCACCAUAUUGGCACAUCGCCUCCAGAUUGGGCCCGCGUCUCCUCCGUUCUCCUCGCACAUCCGCUCAUCAAGACCUCGCAGCGCCUUGAGCAAGUCGUAAAGGCCAACACGACCUUGGGUCGUUUCUUUGGGAGCCGGGAGUGUGAGCGCGCUUGGGUUGCAUUGAUGCGGCAGUACGGCCUCGUGCUGGACGGCACUAGCAGCAACGUUGGAUCGGCAGAGGAGGACGGUACGGCGACUACGCCACGCUCAAGAGAGGCGAGGGGUCAAGCAGCGAAGACGGAUCGGGCCAGCCAGCUGACUUUGGCAGAGUAUCUGUAUGCCGAGCGGAUUAGCGAAGUCCGAGAGAGUAUCAGGCAAAAGGAAGAGCUUUUUCGGAGCAUCGUUGAUGAGAUCGAGGCGAUCCAGUCGGGUUCAAAGGAUGAGGAGCUUGAAAAAGAGCUCGGGAUUGCUCCUCGCACUUCUUCGCUUCCCCAGUCGAAUGGAUCUGAUAAAGCAGAUCUGGUCGUGUUGGAGGAGGUUCAGACGCCUACGAGAAGCACAAGGAACAAGAGCUCGGCUGCAGAGGAGAAGGAUACGAUGGCGGGAGCAGCACCAGCAAGGCUUACAAGGCGAAGGAGCUCGGUGGCGGCAGCGGCCCAGGAAGAGACGAGCGAUACUUCAAGACGGAGGACAUCCAGAGGCCCCGUUCAAGAUGUAUCCAAUUCGGUGACAGAAGCGCAGCGGCCAGGAGAAGAGCAGCAAGAGUCUGCUGCGACCGACACCGCACCAGGGAAAGACGCCCUUUCUGCAGGAGCGGAAGAGAAGGGUGGGGAGGACGAUCAGGAAGGGCCCAAGGAGAGUGGUGACGUUGAAAUGCAAGACAAAGAAGAGUUGGCGGAUGAGGCCGGCCUUGAAGAUGCCAAUGAGGAUGCUGGCGACGAAGACCACGAUGAGGAAGAUGGGGACGACCAGACAGAGAAAGGCAAGAGAUGGCGAAGCAGCAAAAGGAAGCGAGAGGAGGAUGCUGCCAGUGAGGAAGCGUCCACAAAGAAGAAGACCAGGACUUCGAUCGCCGCGGCUGCUGAGGAGGAAGACGAGGAGUCCCCCAGCAGCAGCAAGAAGAUCGGAAGACCAAGAAAGAGCGCUGCAGCAUCGCCUCUGCCAGAGAGCGAAAACAAGGAAGAAGACCUCGCACCUCCACGACGGAGUCGGCGAGGUGGCCAGCCAUCCGUUCCUUCGACUCCCACUACUCCUGUUCCCCCCACGUCUGCCAGCACUGGCGGAGCGGCUCGAGGCGGCAGCAAUCGUCUGGGUUCACUGAGAUCAAGAGAGACAUCAAAGACGCCAGGCGCAGGAGCAGACGCCGAUGAGAGCUUUGAAGGGGUCGACGACGAAGGGGACACGUCCUUGUCUACGGCUGGCAAUGACCGUGUAUCGCUCUCGCCUGCUUCCGCUCGACGUGGUGGUGGAGGCGGCCAGCGAGGAAGCCAAGCAAAACGAGGCCGAGCCUCGAGCAAUGCCAGCAGCGUCCAAGGCUCAACGGGCGCCGCCUCGGGCAGCAGUCGAAACAAGAGGGGAGGAGCCGCCGAAGAGCGAGCUGGCUCCACGUCCGCGGACCUGGCGAACAAAACUGCUGACCAGCGUAAGAGGGAAAAAGUGCUCUUGAUGCUCCUCAACGAGGUAUCAAACCAUACGCACGGCAACCUCUUUCACACGGCCAUCAAGGAACAAGAUGCUCCUGACUACUAUACGCUAAUUCGGCAUCCCAUCGACCUCAAAACAAUCAAGGCUCGGAUCAAGGAGGGGCAGAUCAAAAAUAGCACGCAGCUCAGGAGGGCGCUCAAUCGCAUGUUCGCCAACAGCCUUAUCUACAAUCGGCCGGGGACAGAGGUCCAUCGGAUGGCGCUCGAGAUGAGGGACGCAGCAGAACAGAUGAUUGACAGGUUCGAGCAAACGCAGAUGACGGCUCUCUCGAGAUGAGCGUGAUCGAUCAUGUAACAUCAGACGAAUAAAAGCUUUUUCUUUCUAUCUUAGAAGCACAUCAAGAG